UUUUCACCCUUCACUCUCCUGAGCAUAUCACCUACCCCACUCCUCAACCAAACAGGAAUCCUUGACGAAACCCUAACUCUUAGAACACGAUUGCCUUGCUUUCUCUCUCCAUUAUUAAUCUAUUUACUUUCUCUCUCUACAUGAUUAAUCUGUUUUCUCUCUCUAACAUGCGUUAUUCGUUACAGUUACGUGAUCCAUGAGGACCACCCCGGGCAGCGGCUUUGUUAUUUCCUACGUUCUCUGAGUAUUUACUCUCCUCACUUUCUCUCUCUAUAUAUUUGUUCUAACACUUUUUUUGCCCCUUCAACGCAUUGCUGCCCCACCUUUGAACGGACGAGGCUUCCUCCACCCAACCCUAACCCGGUUUCCCAUCUGCUUGUAUGCUUCAUAAUUGCAGAGAUCUGCUUCUUGACUCCCCCCUUUCUCUCUCUAGAAUUCAACAUCUCGAUCUUCCAAUGUUCUCUCUCUAAUUUUAAUUUUUCUCUCUCUAUUCUCCUCUGAACUCUCCCUCUCUCUCUUAGCCUCUCAAUCCCUGAAUUCUAUCUCUAAAGUUUUCGUCUUUCCUGUUUUCCGUCUCAUUUUCGAUCUGAAUCUGUGAAUUCUGUGUUUUUUCUCUCUCUCUAGACCUCCAUAUCUCUUUCUCUCUCUAGGCCUUUGUAUAUCUCUUUGUAGACCUCCAUAUCUCUGUCUCUCUCUCAAGUUCUAGGUUUGAGGGUUUAGAGAGAGGGAGAUGGGGAAGGGCGGGUCUCUGAACGAGAAUGUGCUGAGAAAGAUCCUUCUGAGCUAUACAUAUGUGGGGAUCUGGAUCCUCCUGAGCUUCACUGUAAUUGUAUACAACAAAUACAUUCUCGAUCGGAAGAUGUACGGAUGGCCGUUCCCUAUAAGCCUCACCAUGAUCCAUAUGACCUUUUGCUCUACUUUAGCUGUCCUUCUGGUUCGUGUUCUCAAGGUCGUUGAGCCCAUCGGCAUGAGCAAGGAGGUCUACCUGUCUUCUGUAGUCCCUAUUGGUGCUCUCUACUCGAUGAGCCUCUGGUUCUCCAACUCUGCGUACAUUUAUCUAUCAGUAUCUUUCAUCCAGAUGCUCAAAGCCCUAAUGCCCGUUGCUGUUUACUCGAUCGGGGUUGGCCUUAAAAAGGAGACCUUCAAAUCCAAUGUCAUGGCGAAUAUGCUUGCUAUCUCCGUUGGAGUUGCAGUCGCUGCCUAUGGUGAAGCUCGAUUUGAUUCAUGGGGGGUUUUGCUCCAAUUGGGUGCUGUGGCUUUUGAGGCUACCCGCCUGGUUUUGAUCCAGAUCUUACUUACUUCGAAGGGGAUCAAUUUGAAUCCCAUAACCUCUCUCUACUAUGUGGCUCCUUGUUGCUUGGUCUUUCUCACUAUUCCAUGGCUCUAUGUGGAAUUCCCUAUUAUUAGAGAGACUUCGACGUUCCGAUUCGAUUACUUCAUAUUUGGGACCAAUUCUCUCUGUGCUUUUGGUUUGAAUUUGGCUGUUUUCCUUUUGAUUGGGAAGACCUCUGCUCUCACCAUGAAUGUUGCAGGGGUGGUCAAGGAUUGGCUCCUCAUUGCCUUUUCGUGGUCAGUUAUCAGGGAUACAGUGACCCCAAUUAAUCUUUUGGGGUAUGGGCUCGCUUUCUUGGGUGUUUGUUACUACAAUCACACCAAGUUGCAGGCUUUGAAGUUGAAGGAAGCUCAGAAGAAGAGUGCUCAAGCUGAGGAGGAGGCUGGUUUGCUAAUGGAGCAGAGGCCUGAUCGAGAAGCUGAAGGUCGGAAGGAUGACUCGCCAGUUUGAGACCUCUUCAGGUUGUUGGGUCUCUUUUUUCUCUCUAAUCAUUCGUAGUUGUUGUCAGGACCAUAUAUUAUUCGAUUUAUAUUUGAGGGGUCCUGACUUUUGAUUUAUCUGCUGCUCUGUUCUUUAAGGAGGUUGAGAUGUGGACCUUAGGAGAUUUCCUGUUUUUUUGCCUUCUGCAGUUGUUUAAUUCUUAUGCACACUCUUAUUUAUGAAAUUAGAGAUAUGGGGUUUACAAGUUCAAGUUCUCAUCAUUUUGCUUUUGCUACUCCUGAUCUGGUGUUUGAGUCUUGUGGGAUUGUCGGUGACCCAAAUUCAGUAUUUAGUGGAGAGAUCUCGUCUAGGAUAUUUUGUUUUUUCUAGCUGGCUUGCCGAUGUUCCACGAACAAAGACUAAUAAGUUUAAUAUAUAUAUUUGGUUUGGGAAUUUCUUUUCCCAUGUAGUA